UUUGGUUCAGUUAUUAAACGCAUGAACGAAUCGGUUUAUUUUGAGGCUCUAUUUGUUCUGUCCCGCCUGAGGGGUCUGCAUUUUACUGCGAUAUUACCUAAAAAUUCUUUCCAUCCUCUCAACGCAACGCCCAAACAUGAAAUAUGUUCCGAUCCAUCUCUGACCAAAGGGUUCCUGGUUAAUUUCAAUUUGAUGAAAAAUAACAAUUUAUCCUUUCGAGGCCUUACUCGAUGGUUCUUUUUUUAAAACAAUAAGAUCAUCAGAUAAAACGGAGCUUCAGUUUGCAGACUACCUCCGUGUGUUUAGUGGGUGGAGAUUGAGGACCUCCUCCUAAAAAACAGUCAUCAACACAAGCCAGCGAAGCAGCUUUGCUGUUACACAAAUUGGGGCCAGAAUUGUUGGUUUUCGAUGGUUUUAAUAGUCCCACACUGCUUGUAAAUUCAUUGGAUCUAUACUAGCUACCAUUAAAUAAGAUGAGUCAGGCGGAGCAGGUGACUGAGGACAUGCCUGCAUACCACGAAGAUGAGCCAGUAGCAACAGACACCAACAAGGAUCAUCCGCAAACACAACCAGGCAUGUUCAGCAGGUUGGCAGGGGGGUUGUAUGGAGCCACUAAAGCGACGGUGGGCGGCGUGACCUGGGUAGGAGGAAAGAGCCUGGACCUGACCAAGACAGCUGUGUGCUCUGUGGCUGCUGUGCCUGCUAUGGGGGUUGGGCUGGUGAAAGGGGGAGUGUGUGCUGUAGCAGGAGGAGUGACUGCUGUUGGCUCCGCAGUGGUCAGCAAAGUUCCCAUAGGAGGCAGCAAAAAGAAAGACAAGUCUGACUGACGGGGGAUGGAUGAAGAAACAACACACACAUGGCCAAGUUAAACAGCUCACACUCCGUUUUGACCAUUUCUGCACUUGUGAACAGGAAAAAUGCAACAAAGGACAUAAAAUUUUAGUAUACAAGUUUUGGUGUUGGUUUUGUGUUUUUGAGUUACUUAUUAGGAGUCAUUCAAUUUUGUGUCCAAGAUUUGUACUGAAAUAAACCCACAGCGCACCAUAGGAGGACCAACAGGAGCGUGAGCGAUGUGAAACCAUUGUAUGACAAUCAGUGAGACUCAAUGCCCAAGAGUUAGAGGUUCAUAGGAGACUACAAAUACUUCACUUUCUUCUAGAAAACUGUCAAAUGUACCUGGAAAUUGUCCGUGUUAUUUGUUUACACUCCUUUAGCCAUCACGUUUGUUCAGAAAUUAGAUUUGUCUGAACAAAUACUUGUAAGGAAAAGUCCUGGUUAAUAAUGACGUUACAUGCUGGUUUAUGAUAUUUCACUGGUAGUUUAUUUUUAAUAUAUUUCCAUUUCAAUUGUUUCUCUGACUUUGUAUUGCCAUCUUGUGGUUAGGUUUGCAGAUUAAUGGAAAGCAGUUUUUGCUCUCUAUAAGUUUUAAUUGAUAAAAAUCAUCUUUCUGCAGAAAAGAUGGUUUAUUGUGAUGAACAUUUUCCUAACUAUUUGUUUUUCCUUUUUAAGAAAAAAUAAAGCUUGAACAUCAUGUUGAAAUAAAGCAAUAAACAAAUAUCAAAACCCA